AUGACACUCAUCGAUGCUGCCGCUUCGACAGCCUUCGCCGCCUUAAGGCCGACACCAUCCAGCGGCGGCGGUGGCAUCGCGAGACAUCAACAGGGAGGCACGGACGCAAAUAGGUCCUCCGCUGCGACGCGAUUGGGCAGCAUCGAUCCGGUGCCCCCUCACGAAGACGAGAGAGGCGGACGAACAACGCCGCCAGGGCGUCUGUUUUCGUUCGGGGCGAUCGCCGACGUGCAGUAUGCUGACCAGGACGACGGAUGGAACUUCAAGAAAGACCACAGGAGGUACUACCGAGGCGGGCUGCGGCAGCUGAGGGGGGCGGUCGACGUGUGGCUGAAGGACGAAACGCACAGAUUCGUGCUGCAGCUGGGGGACGUCAUCGACGGCAGCAACAAAGCCCACAAGAAGUCCGAGACGGCACUGAGGAGCGUCAAGGCGGAGGUUGACCGCCUCGCAGCCUCGCUGCCCCUGGGCGUGCUCAACAGCCUCGGCAACCACGAGCUUUACAACUUCCCCAAGCAGCGCUGGGCGCGAGAGCUGGACUGCUCGAGCCGCGCCAAGGCUGUUACCCUCCGACCCAGCGCUUGCGGUGCCGGCGCAGCCGAGACGAUUCCGACACUUGCACCGUCCGGGCUUCUUCCGGAAACUGACAACGACCAGCCUGCGGGGGAACUUCCCCCCAGUGGCGAGCCGCUGACCCUGGAAGCCAGUAAAGGGGCUGGGCAUGAAGGCAGAGGAGAAGAGGCAGAGUGCUUCUACUACAGUUUUUGCCCCGUGGACUCUUACCGAUUCAUCGCGCUCGACUCAUACGACGUUAACGCGAUUCGGGAGGAACCGCGCCCUGAUGAAGAAGAUGCUGAGGGUAGCGGGAAAAACGAGGCGGCCGCGGGUGAUGGCCGGGGCGAUGAAGGGAGGCGAGUGCUCUCCAAGCACAAUCCGAACAGGAACAAGAACGACGGGGGCGGGCUCGAGGGCCUGACGAAAAGAUUUGUGCGGUACAACGGCGGAAUAGGAGCCAAGCAGCUUCUCUGGCUGGAAAACCAGCUCACCGAGGCAAGCCGGGCGGGCCAGCGCGUCGUCGGCUUUGGACACGUUCCCAUACAUCCGGCGGAGCCAAGCGCGCACACUCUUAUCUGGAACUACGAGGAGGUGUUAGCGGUGAUGCACAAAUUCGACUGUGUAGCGAUGUUUUUGUCAGGCCAUCGCCAUAGGGAGACGUACUUCAGGGACGAAAAUGGGAUCCACCACAUCUCGUUAGCCGCCGCGCUCGAAGCCCCCUCUGAUCAGGAGGCUUUCGCGAGUAUCGAUGUGUACGACAGUUGCUUGGAGCUUCGCGGUCAUGGGGUCGUGGAGAGCCGUGUUUUGGAUCUCGCUGUUCCCGCGAAAGUAUCCUAGGAGCCAGCGGCUCGCAUGACCUGUUCUGUGGAGCGGGGCACUUCUCUUCCGCGUUGCCAGUUAUUGUAGAGGUUAUGCUUCUCUUUUGUCGAUCGUGGCGGAAGGUAUUUUUUUUUUUUGCAGGCUGGAGGUGGGGUGGAUGUGUAGUUUCCUUUCGAUGAGAGGGUUCUUUUGUUGCGCCUGUCAAGGCGACACGCGGCGAAAUAUGGUCACUGGGGUAAUGAUACGCUUCUUUCAACGCCGGUGCUUCCGCAGGUUGAAGUACAGACGUUGUCUGCUUCUUUCUAUAGUGCCUAAAGCGUUGCACGCUAAAUCUAUGUACCCAGUUUCAAUCAACGGCACGCAGGGCUCGCGACCGCAGACCCUCGAAGAGGCAGCAUGAAGCGCAAAAUCUGUUUGUCUUUCGACAUC